AUGCGCAGCAAAACGCUGCUCUCGAGAGGGGAAUGGUCGGUGAAAGGAUAAGUAGCUUAGGAUGGCUUUGCUGAGCCGUCAUUGGUAGUCCACCUCCCUCCAUCACCAUUCACAUACCCUCAGCUGGUCUGACUUUUACAUUCGUUUAACACCCAAGCUGGGAUUGAUAUCAAGUAAGUUUCGAAUAGUCGUGGUGCAGGCAAAGCAGGAUAUGCGCAUCGUGCCAAGGAAAGGGCGUCAGAUUUCCUCUAUUAUGCAUGCUUGGCCCACUUUCCAAAUGUCCGAAAUACGUCGGUUCCGUCGUGGGUUGCAAUCGCCAAGGGAGCGAGCUUCAGCGCUUCCUGAGGCGUGGCAGGGCCGGAACUCGGGGGCAUGCUGCAAUAGGGACCCCUUGAGGAAGUGCCAAGAGAUGUCGUGGGAAAGCUGGCGCGCUCGGUCGGUUGCGCGUCGUGGACAACGGGUCUGGCAUGCCCGCGACGGUCCGUCGGGGCUGCAACGGCUACUUGGGCUACAAACAAACACGAGAGGGGAGAGAGGGGAGAGCGAUGGCCCCGACUUGUUUGCUUGUCUGUUCUCAUAAGCUUCAACAGAGGCCAGGAGCCUACGAAGGCGGCACCCUCGCGGCAAGGCCGUGUGAGCUAUUUGACGCUUCCCUCGUCCCGCCCGCCGUUGCGGUUCCACUUCCGAGCUUCAUCGACCCUCUUCAUAUGACCCCCUCCCCUCUGGUAGCUUCUUUGGCUGGCCUCAACUGCUGCACGACCUGGCGUCAAGCUCAGCGAAAAGGCUGCAAGCUGACUUUCGCUUGUGCUAUCUCCUCAGUCGGACUGGGACUGCGUCUCUACAUCCAACCUUUUCUUCACCUCCAUCCCAUCGGCGGGGGUCCUGUUCAAAGGACUCGACAUCUUGAGCUACCAUGCACAAAUCAAGCUUUUUGUUAGCUGCACUGAGUGCGCUGCUACUGGCUAGCGUGUCUGUCCAUGCUUCCCCACUGAGUGGGCUAGCGGUUCAGCAAGCUGCAAGAUCUCCAGAGCGCCAUGAAGCUGCAUAUGAAAUCGCACGCGACCUCCAGCUUCUGCGUUCGCAGCAGGUCGCCCACAUGACCAUCUCCCAUCAUCCGCACGACCGUGUCAGAUCCGGCAAGAAGCAUCGGCGCUCCUCGAACAGAAAACGAUGCAACCCAAGGACCAGGAGCGAUGUCAUAACAGCGACGUCCCAAAUCAAGACCUCCGCUUUGAGCUCUGUGAGCUCUUCCACAAGGACGGAUGCAAGUUCUUCCUCUAUUGGAUUGGACACCCCCUCUUCCCCUGACGGGCCUAGGCAAAGCUGUUUCCCAGCUUUGAAUUUCGACAUGCCUGACAACGUUCCCAGUUCGUUGGAUAAUUGGUGGUGCAAUGCCAAAGACGAGUAUGCCUUCGUGAGUCGUCUGGAGCGCGUUCGAUUUCCGCCUAGCACAAGCCAACAUUGUCUUCCGAUUGCAGAUGGGCUUCUCGUAUUCCAUCGCCUCUUGUCCCAGCUACGAUCAGCUUGUCAAAGACUUUAAGCGUCAACGGAACACGUAUCAAGCGAGAUACGUGCGGCUGUACUCCAAUUGCGACAAGCAAGGUUACAACGACGAUCUGAUCAACGCAGCCUGGGAGGCUGGCGUUGGUCUCCUGCCCUUGAUCUGGUUCGGCUUUGAUGGAGACGAGUCGUAUCGACCACGCAAAAAGGCACUCUUGCAAACCAUCAAGAGCAAUCCCAAAGCGCCCUUUGUGGUCCGCACGGUGCAAUUUGGCUCAGAGCCACUUUUCGAUUGGGCCAUCUCGGCAGACGGAUUGGCAGAUCAGAUCAACGACGUGAAGCAAAAGCUCAGCCAAUAUAUCACGGGCCAGCCGACAGCUAUGCAGGUCUCGACAUCAGAGAUGCCUUACGGCUAUCAGAUCCACGGUAACGCUCCAAAAGUGUUCUCUUCGGUCUCGACUCUUCUUGCGAACUCGUUGCCCUUCUUUGCCCAAGACGCCAGCACGGCUCGCAAAGCAUUUUCACACGUCACCAGCGAUCUGAACUACCUCAAAAAGCAAGGGGCAGACAAGAAGAUCAUCAUCACCCAAACGGGCUGGCCUAGCAAUGCAGAUGUGUGGAAAGCCAACUCUGCAGCUGCUCAAGCCAACGUGGCCCAGUCCAAAGCUUACUUUGACCUGCUCGACGAUAAGUGUGAAGAUUUCAAGCAGGGCCCAAAGGGUGGGGUCGGAUGGUUCGCGCACAUCUGGUCGGAUGAUGGGCUGCCUGGCUGGGGCGUCGUGGGAUACGAUGGAAAAGCCAAGUUCGAGUUCAAGGCGAGGACCACGUGCUAG